UCAGCCGUUAGGUGUCUGCGGCGCGCCUGGAGCGGGUCGCUGCUUCCUGGAAGGGGUUUUGAGGUUUUGAGGCGGCCACGGGACUGAGACGAGCUGCGGGGAUCUAAUGUACUUAGCAGUGUUUACACAAUUACCACAGCACGUUCAGAGCAAAACAAACCAAAGGAGGGAAUACUGCGGUAACUGAAAAGAUAAGAGAUGGAGGGAGAUGACAGCAGUUUUCCUCCAGAUUUGUCAGAUGAUCAUUCACAAAGAGGAAGUGUUGCUUCCUCUGCAACACUUUCCCGUGCUCAAGAUGUGCUUGUGUACUUGUUUGGUGAAAGCGCCGUACACUUGUCCGUAGAAGGGCUCUCUAGCGUCAGUGUGCAGGAGUUGGGACGAAGUGUUCGUGAUGCCCUCCAUAUUCCCGAGUCUGUGCAGGAGGCUUUUACCUUUUGGCUUUGCUCUCCACUGCUAGAGCUGCAGUUAAAGGCAAGGCAUCAACCAUACAAACUAUGUCGACAGUGGCAGGACUUGCUAUACCGCUUCACCGAAGCAUCAGAGGAGGACAUUUCACAAGAUGAAGCAUAUCUCCAGUACAGACGCAAUGUGUUUUACCCGAAAUCUAAAGAGCUGCAGAUAGAGGACGAGGGAGUGUUGAGACUUCUUUAUGAGGAAGCCAAGAGUAACAUCCUGACGGGGCGAUACCCAUGUGACCCAGAGCACUGGGCUGUUUUGGGAGCCUUGUCUCUUGCUCUUGAUGAGGGAACUGGUCUAGAAGGCCAACAAGUCACUACUACUGUAAGGGAAAAGAAGCUGACUUCUUUCCUGCCGGAACAUGUUGUUAUGGGGAGCGGAGGUUUACUGUCCACACUGCGAGGGAAGUCGAGCCGCCAGGCAGGACUGGAGCAGAAGCUCCUAGAAGAGUACAAAAAGACAAGCACAUCUGCCGGGAACUGUCUGGAACCCACCCAGCUCCUGCACCAGUACCUCGGCAUGUGCCACACGCUGCCUUAUUAUGGAUGCGCUUUCUUCUUUGGAGAGAUUGACAAACCAACGCAGGGGAUCCUCCAACGGGUAAAACGUAAAGCUGUCAACGUUGGGAUCUGCUUGGAUGGAGUUUAUGUGAUGGAUAUGAAGGAGAAGCAUGUUCUGCUUGGCCUGCGAUUCAGCGAGCUUUCCUGGGACCACAGCUACCCCGAAGAGGAGGGGGACUCUCACAUUCUGUGGCUGGAGUUUGAUGGAGAAGAAGAUGGCACUCCUGUCAACAAGCUGCUGAAGAUCUACUCAAAACAAGCCGAGCUAAUGAGUGGCUUCAUCGAGUUCUGUGUGGAGCUGAAGUCUGCAUCUGAGGGAGGAGCUGCAGCUGUGGCGGACGGCGAGGCCAGUCUGUCUCGGCAGCCCGCCGGGGAAGGGGGCAGCAGCAGGAACGGACGCGGAGGACGGCGCGGGAAGCUCCACAGGCAGGGCAGCGUUGUGUGCAGCCGGGUCCACUCUCUCAACACCAUCAGCUACGUAGACAAUGGAAAAGAAAUCAAACGGUUGAAGCCAAAAAGAGCUGCAUCCUUCUUCGGCCGCCCGGCAUCUACACCCACCUACUCUGCUGUGCAAGUGACUGAGAGCCUGGAGCAAGGUUAACGCAUCUGCCUUGUUCCUGUUAAAGACCAAAUCUGAACAUUUGACACUGAGAUUCAACUAAAGACAUAUUGGACACAAGUUUGAGAUGUUUCAUUGCAAUUAUAUGAACUUGCAAAGGACCAAGGCAUCCAAGCAUGAACAUAUUUAUUCUCUGAAGUGGUGUAUACUAAGAGAGUACGGUAAUGUGAAAAAAGGAAAGGAUUUACCCAAAUACUACAUGUAAGGUUGAACUGAAGUGGCUAUUCAAUAGAUGGCCCUAGACUUAUAGGAGUCUACCAAAUGCUUUUUAUUGGGGUUGAGCCUCAGAGAAAUCUACUUCAUAAAUGACAUUUUUUGACCACUGGUGCAGCACGCUACAGUUCAUACAUGUUACACCUCAAAGAAGUUUAUCCACUGCCUUACCUCUUUUUAGACUAUUGGUAUGUAACAUCAAGAAUGUUGCAAUACAUCCUCAUAGAGUUGAACCUUUGUUUCCCCCUCAAAGCGGUAAAGGUUUCAGCAGCCUCCUCGCAGUCAGCAUGACAAACACUUUUAGGGGACGGUCUGAGGAUGUGUUGACACAAUUCUGCUUUUUCAAACUGCCAGUGCCUUGUUCUCUGAAAGGGGUGAAGCCACUUGAGAAAAAUACUGGUGGAAGCAUCAAGUUUUCAUUGUUAUGGAAGCGCAUUUGCUGUGUUGUGGAGGGUUCUUGUAAGUAGAUAUAUUUAAUUGAUUUGCAGGCUUUUUAUUUGCAGCAGGUUAUCAUGGAUAGAAGUGCAGGUAGUAUGUCCCACAUUUUCUAAGUAGAUUUUCCUGAGAUUUUUGCUUUGUAAGGAAAGAAAGGGGUGACGUUAGUUCAAAAUAUAACACAAGAAAAAUUUACAUUUUACGAUGUCUGGUUACAGGAGGCAUAAUUGAAUGUUCAUAGUGUUAGAUUUGACGCUGAUUUAGAAAGAAUCUGCAUUAAUGUUUGCAUUAAAUCUGUAAUUUUUGCAACAUCUGCUCCACAAGUGCUGCUGAUGUUGAUUCAAAGCUGGCAUUUCAUGCAUGUUUGACUGUCGUUUGCCUGUCAAGUCAUCUGACCUGACGAGCAAAUGAAGACUAAUGUUGUACUUGAGUUGAGGAAAAAUGACAGGAACCUCACUCGAUACUUUUUCAGCCUUCAAACAAUGCUUUUUAAAAGCUCCUAGUAGGUUUCUAAUGGCUUAUUUAGGUAUAAUCUAUCCAAAUAGUAGUGGUAGAAAGAGAAUAAUAUGCACUACAGUUUAUGUGAACAAGAACAAAACGCUAAAUCUGUAGAUGUGUGGUUUUAUACCCAGAGAGUGACAUAAUGAUCUGUGCACGGUCCAACUUUUGACCAUACAAUUCAAAUCUUGGUCUUCCUGCCGAAUCAAUCCUAACUGACGUGCUGCAACCUGCUAUGCUACCUGAAGAGACUCGAUUUAGAAUCCACUACCUACUACCUGACAGUCCUCCAGGUGUCUCUGAACAUUAGCCUGAUGCAGGCAGCAUCUGUCUUUGUUGUACAUUUGAUAAACAAACCUUCAUUAAACUGCAGUAAAAGUAGCUUCAUAUCGCUAAUCUUACUGCCUUCCACUUGAACACGUCUUCAUUAGAUGGCAUCAUGCAUUCUUCCCGUUUCUCCUCAGCAUUAAACUGCAGAAUGCUCUCAUAUGUUCAGCGCUUUGAAUUGUAUCUCAGCUACAGUCUGUAACCUGCAGCAGUCCAGUACGUUGUUGCUAACAUACACUAUGCAUGUCACACUGUAGAAUAGGCAUUCCGACAGUAUACACAACAUGUUGCACUAUUAACACAUAUUUAUACCUUUAUAUAUCUUUUCCAUCAGCAGACUGUUUGUUUUUAUAUUGUUUGUUGGCUUUAAUGAGAUAAGAUUUUUACUUCCAUCUUCAUAUACUUGUCUAUGUUUGUAUACAAGAAUGAAGAAUUGGCCAAAUCAAAUUUUUGUCUUUUCAAGGAGUCACUUUACAGAAGCUUAAAGUGCCUUUUUGUUACUCCUAAAUUGGGAAUUGAAUGACUGUUUUGGUGCUUGAAAGCCAGGAAUUAACCAUUUUGGUACUGCUGUGGUUUAAAAUAAGUUUAUUUUGAUUUGUAAUGUAUUUACAAUGUGGUCUCCUGAUUAACAACCCAUACUGUUAAAGUUUAAUGCAGUAAAGCAGUAUUGCUGUCUCUUUUUUUUUUUGUAUGUAUGUAUGUAUGUAUAAUAAGCAGAAGGGCAAGGUGUUGUACAUUUCUGUCUGCCUGUUAGUGUUUGAACUUUUCCACACUCCUUUGAACCAACAUGUUCAAGAGGCAGACUAACACCUCAACUAUAACGCCUUUCCUUCAUCAUUUUUGCCACAUGUUCUACUUAUACCGUCACAGUUGCAGGUUUAUCUAACAAUUAAACUAAAACUACUUUAUCAUUUCUACUAAAUGCAUUUCAUAAUAUUUGGGAAAAUGUUCCGUUGUCAAAUGUUUCUUGAUGUUAAUGUGUGCAGAAAUGUCAGAGUUAGGAGUUAUUUUGUGUUUACUCUUGUGAAAAUGACCCUUACAAUAACAUCAUUUUUAAAUGUCCAAAAGAAGUCAUGAAAUAAUGUUCCACUAUAACAUUACUGCUCAUGGUGCAGCAUUUUUAAUCAUUGUGCAAUAAAAUUAAAUGCUUAAAAUUAACAGGUAUUGAAUGUA